AUGAUAUCAGUUUUACCAUGCGAAUUGAACGAAGACGAUACAUUUGAAGGUACUGAAUCGGGUGAGAUAUCGAUGGACACGCUUGAAAUGGUAAAUUAUGAAAUGCUCAUCAUGUGUUAUGGAAAUUGAAAUUGCAAUUGCAACACCUGUUAGAGAGGUGGAAACAGGUACUAUCUAGAUUGCGGAACUGAAAUUACUGAGAAUCUUAAGGACUCCUUGAUCGAGGCCAAGAUGGAAAUACCUGCUGCAGAAACGGAUAUAGAUAUGGAUGCUGCAGAAGUGGAGCAGAUUAAUCACUUGUAUGAAGGGAUCAAAGAUCAAUCUAUAGCCGUUGUAAGUGUUUCUGAAUCCAAGGAACUGAAAAAAUUGGAUCAUUGCUUACAAAAGUAUAAAGAAUUGCUUGCCGAGAGGUCACCAUUAGCAAAAUUGUGGUGA